AUGAAGUUCACCCUCCUCGCAAGCAGCAUCCUCGCGGCGGCAUGUGCCCUCGCCAGCCCCAUCAUCGAGGCCCGCGACAAACACCUGAUCAGCUACUCCUUCAAGGACGGCCAAGCCUUCCUUGACAUUGACCAGGAGGUCCGCCGGAUCAUCAAACAGGCCACGGGCACGGAGUACUGGGUCUGCAACCGUGCUUUCCCUCCUACCUGCUAUCCUCCCCCGUUGGAGACGGAUGAUAUUGAGAAGCUGGAGGCUCUGGAGGGGGUUGUCGUCCAGAUCAUUGUCCGUGAGUAA